AUGGAGGAUCCGCGGACACAGGCCGUCAAAUUAGCGCGGGUUACCAAAGUUCUUGGAAGAACUGGGUCGCAGGGACGGUGUACACAGGUAUGUGUGGAAUUUAUGGAUGACAGCAACCGAUCCAUCAUUCCGAAUGUGAAAGGGCCAGUCCGUGAGGGAGAUGUGCUCACGCUUUUGGAGUCUGAGCGUGAAGCAAGAAGAUUAUGAUAACAGGUAUGCCAUCUGCCAACAGAAGCUCCUCAUCUAAAAGACUGCUAUAGACGCUUGGAAAUCAUUCUGGACUAAAUGGAAU